AUGGCUUUAAUGGAGCCCUUUUGCAGAAGAUCAAAAAUCGAUAAAUUCAAAAGAUGGUUAGGAUAUCAUUUUGCCUAUUCCAACUGUAAUAACAAGAUUUGGAUUUUUUGUGAUCAAAUUUAUGGUUGCACCAUUAUUCAAGACACUGAGCAGCAAGUUACUUGUACCAUCAAUGCCCAUGGGGAUAGCAUUAUCAUCACUGCUAUCUAUGCUAAAUGCAAAAUAUAUUUGAGAGAACCACUAUGGGAUGAUCUUAGACAUAUGGCCAAUAACAUUAACAUUCCUUGGUUGAGAGGAGGGGACUUCAACUGUGUGCUAGAUGCAAGUGAAAAGAAAGGGGGAAACACUCACAAAAUGUCUAAAAGUAUGCCGCCUAUAAACUGCAUUAUUGAUUGUUCUCUGAUAGAUCCGGGUUAUAUUGGUUCUACCUUCACAUGGUGUAAUGGAAGAGGAUCAACACAAAGAAUGUGGGAGAGGUUAGAUAGAGCCUUCAUAAAUUAUGAAUGGUCUCAAAAAUUUAUCAACACCACUAUUACACAUCUUAUCAGAACUAGUUCUGACCAUUCUCCCCUUUUUAUCACCAUUGAGAACACUCAACAGAAUCACAAGAAGUACUUUAAAUUUUUAAAUCUUUGGGUGAAUGAAACAGGAUUUCUUGAUGUGGUAAAGCAUGCUUGGAAUAUAGAUAUUGAGGGAUCCUCCCUAUGGAGAUUCCAUCUUAAGCUCAAACACACCUACAAACAACUCUCUUGGUGGUCCAAAAACUGA